GUGCUACACAAAAAGCAGCUCCCCUUUUUUAUGAGCAUGCUAACCAAUACUAAGAUUGCGCCUUAUCAUCCGAUGUAAGAACUCAGGUAACUCAGCCCUUUUUCUCAGAACAAGGGAAAUUUUUGCCAGGACAGAACAUUCCAGCUGCCCUUGAAGAGGAGAUUCAGUGUGUCAACACCCACCUUCAUGCUUGAAUGGUCCUUUGGUGAAUUUGGAGAUUCCUGAUGUAAUUGUCUCAAGGACUUACACAGACGAAGUGAGAGCCUCAGUGAACAUAAGAGAGAGCACAACAGAGAUCCGAGAGUUUUAAAGGAGAAAGAGUGAAGACAUGGCGGCUUUUGGUCUGGAGUUAGUAGGCGUCACGCUCUCGGUUCUUGGCUGGAUUCUCAGCAUUGUGUGCUGUGCUUUGCCCAUGUGGAGGGUCACGGCAUUCAUCGGCACCAAUAUCGUCACAGCACAGGUGUACUGGGAGGGAAUCUGGAUGAGCUGUGUGGUUCAGAGUACCGGACAGAUGCAAUGUAAAGUCUACGACUCUAUGUUGGCUCUUCCUGCGGACCUACAGGCGGCUCGCGCUCUGGUGGUGGUGGCCAUCAUCGUGGGUGUCCUUGCGCUCUUUGUGGCUAUAGUUGGGGCCAAAUGCACCAACUGCAUUGAGGAUGAAUCGGCCAAAGCCCGUGUGAUGAUCAGCUCUGGUGCCGCUUUCAUAACAGCUGCAGUCUUGCAGCUUAUUCCUGUGUCCUGGUCAGCAAACACUGUCAUUUUGGAGUUCUACAGCCCAGUUGUACCAGAAGCUCAGAAGAUGGAAAUAGGAGCAUCGCUGUACCUUGGCUGGGCUGCUGCGGCUCUGUUGCUGGUCGGAGGCUCCAUUCUGUGCUGCAGUUGUCCACCUAAGGAUGAGAUAAGGUACCCGCCACAAAGUCGUAUAGCCUACUCAGCCCACCACUCAGUAGCUCCAAGCACCUACAACAAGAGAGACUAUGUCUGAGGACUUUUGAGGACUUUUACUGUCAGUCUUUCAUUGAAAGAUAAUUGUGACCAUAUGGGUUGGAGGUAACUCAAAAUCUUGUUUACUUUUUCUCCAUGUGAAUACUUCUACAUGCUUUUGUUUUGUUCGGUGUCCAUUGUCACUCCACACUUUGUUAGGUAUAUUUUAGCACAAGUUGCAUAAAUCAUCUUGUAUGUUUUAAAUCAAAUUUGUCAGUUGAUUUAUAAAGGAAAAAAGUCAGCGGUUUUAUUUUUGUAGUCUUGUCUGUUUUCAUUUACUAUUUUUACUUUAUUUUCUUUUGCAGUUUUUACACUUUUACCAAAGCUGUUUGUGAAUUUAUAUUUUUUUAUACUUUCACUUAAAAGAAUAAAAAUGGAUUAUCUGCUAAUGGCUUAAAACAAAAUGGAAAAUCUUGUGUUGUGCUAAUAUGUUUAUGCUGUAAUCAACUCUGUAAAUGUUUAGUUGUGUUUAAUGUUUAUUUUAGUAGCAUUCUCAUUCUUAUUCAUUGAAACUCUGUCAAGCUAUAAGUUCAAGUUCCACUGGACAACACAACAGAGAAACUAUGAGACUAUGUGCAGGCACCUCCCAAAGUUUCAUCAGAUUAAAUAUAUUGUGCAUAUUGUUGUGUUUUUAUCACUGAUUAAUUAGAAUAGGCCUAUAUAUUUGAAUAAGUAUAACUGAGUGAAUUGAAUUAUUGAUUAUUAAAAAAUACAAAUAAAUGAAACAA